GCGCAGGUGGUGGUGCUACAGGGGGAGGGGGGCGGCCGCGCGCGCGCGUGAGAGAGAGAGAGAGAGAGAGAGAGAGAGAGAGAGAGAGAGAGAGAGAGAGAGAGAGAGUCCUUUGGGGACAUCAGUAAAAAUCGGAACGGUACAGGGAAGAGUACCAUGGCCGCUGCGAAUGGAUAGCUGUGGAAACGUUUUUCCCUCGAAUCAAUGGGAUGUGUCAUGGACCGUGGAGUUCGAGACUUUUGGGUGGCGCUGCAAUUUGGGUGUGCACCAGGCAUUACUUGAUGAGACUGAUAAUGAAGAUUGCGCCACCCGUCGGUCUUUUCCCUCAACCUCCUCCUCUCUUCUUCUGCUCGUGAUAGGAUGGACGGACGCGCGAAUCGGCUGCUUAUCGGCUGCUUAUAUAGUCGCGAGCUGCAAGACAGCAACGCAUCUAUUCUUGUUCUGCAAAGACAGGCUCCUUGGGAGUCUCUAGGGGCAUACUCUCACUGACAUGGUCGUCAACGUGUCGAUAUCGUCCCUCGGUGAGAGGAUUUCCUAAGUCACCACACACACUGAGGCACCCCCCCGCGCGCGCGCGCACACACACGCACACACGCACACACGCACACACGCACACACGCACACACACACACACACACACACACACAGAGAGAGAGAGAGAGAGAGAGAGAGAGGUGCUUGAGAGAGAGAGAGAGAGAGAGAGAGAGAGAGAGAGAGAGAGAGAGAGAGAGAGGAGGUGCUUGUUCGCGUGGCGAAUGCCUGCCGUCGUUACGCUGGUGAACGUGGAUUGCGAGGAGAUGAUGAGUCGAGCUGACGGUUGGAAAGUGGGAUUGUCAAACAGGGCUUAGACGCGCCUGGAUCUCUACAAGAAGCGUGAAGCACCAAUCGAUUACUAGCUCGUUGAUCGCCGCAGUAACGGUUUUGAACAGCCUUCAGGCGGGUUGUUUUAUGUGACACGUGCGCUUAUGCUGGUGUGAGGGAGGGAGAUCAAAGUACGCAGUUUCCCUAUUCUCUUCUCUUCUCAGACUCAGAGAGAAGUAGCGAAAGUCUUGACUUUUGCUUGUCGACUGCAACGACAAAGAUGAACGCGGGACUGCGGGUCGUUUCGGAUCGUUCACGGAGCAAGAGCAGGAAGGGGACGGGGACCUUCUCUGGCUAUGGCGGCAGAAUAGAAGAAGAUCGUUGCUCGGAGAACCAGGUUGGGCGCGAUGAAUGUGCCGAUGAGAGGAAUUGCGUAGCGUCGAGCUCCUCGUCGUCGCUUUUAAGUUUUGCCCAGCGACCAGACACGUGGCAGUACAUGCUUGCGCAGCUGCCUCUUGCAGACUUAGGAAAGAAUGCUGUGCUGGCGCAGCUCUCCUUGGGCAUCCUUGUGAAUAUCCACAUCAUCCUCACCGUAGCUGUCCUAUCUGCCGAGGUGGGGGCAGGUAAACAAAUGCCCCAGCUUUGUCGGACGAUCGCAGAAGGAGCGCCAUUUGACAAUCCAUGCCUUCCUUUCUGGCGCUGGAUGGUCAUGGAACGCGCACCAGGUGCUGUUCUGCUUCGUGAGUUCUGGAACCACGAAACGCACUUGGUUCAAGUGUGGAAGGGCCUGCUGGACAAGAUGAAUCAGGAGUUACUCGGCUUGGCACAAAAGCCUUGGCGAGACCUUCUUCAAAGGUAAUGAACAAGGCAUCGUGGCCAUCCUGCCCCUUGCACAUUACCACUCACGAGACCUUGCCACAUGUUGUAGACAGUGAGGGCACGUCAUUGGGUAGAAGUCAGCAAGUGAGGGCCAGUGCCCACUGGGCUUUGUCUAGUCCUUUGUUAGGAAAUCUGACGGCGUCCUUUGGGACAUCCAUUAAAAUUGGAACGAUACAGAGAAGAUUAGCAUGAAAAAAAAAAGGAAAUCUGACGGUCACUGUCAUAUCAUCAAACAGCUUCAGAUAACCUACGCAUAGACCUGGCUCAGUGGGGCGUGCCCCUGUUGCAUACCGUAUAGGUGCAGACCAGAACAAGAACCGACCCUUCAAUACAAAGUAUAAGAUAGCACAGCGGAAGACUUAGAUACCAAUGAUCCGAACAAUCAAUAUUGCAAUGCAGC